AUUUUAAGAUUUCUGCUAUCACAAGUUGAAAUUCCUCAUUUCACAUACAAUAAAUUUUAUAGCAAGCAGUAUUUUAAUUUGCUGUGACUUUCCACCAAAGGAAAACAAACGGACUUCCGUCUGUUGUAGUCAUGGCGCCGUUUCAAACUGUUGUCAAUGUUAUUGACAUGUAAAACGACUUCUCAUGUACUUUAUUCAGCGUCUACCGAGUUUCUCUUUGUUAAUUACUUGAGUCCCGUACAAUUUGGAACAAGUAGUAAUCAGCGAGGGCAAAAAUGGCUGACUGGACUUUGUUGGGUUUAACUUGAUGUUCGCGAAAUUACGUUAGGUUAUGUAGCCCGCCAAUGCUAAUCAUCGUUAGCAGAGGAGCUCAAUAAUUGUUUACUGUUUAAACAUAACUUAGUGGACGCUUUCAAUGCAAUGACCGCCGAAUUCUUGCAGAGUGCUCCGAUUUUUUCCCUGGGACAGAAGAGUUGGGACAGAGACUGGGUCGACGUUGGCUCCACGCGCGACGCUCGAGGACCUUUAACGACCAAAACCUCCCAAACGAAGCUGUUGUUCAACGAGAACAUCCCAGCAUGCACCACCAACCGGGCCACCCAUGCAGGGCCUCCAGCUCCCAUCCUGAUAGAAAGACUGCUUCCUCGUACAGAAGUGCAGGAGAGUGUGGACAGCAACAAAAGCUCACUGAACUUCACCACGCUCUCAGAGGAGAAGCUUCAGGCUGCUGUGAAACUGGCCAAGAGAGAUCUAAGACGGAGGCACCGCGAGUCACUGAGAAAAGUCCCAGCGAAACCUUCCCAGGAGGAGUCCCUCUUUGAAACAAGUAAUGUGGAGCUGCUCCAGGAGUUAGCAGCCACUCCGAGUAAAACAAACUAUAAAGCCUCAAGUCCAAAAGCAAAGGUGUAUCAGGCCAGCAUCGUAAAGGAUGGUUCCAGGAAAAAUCCAACCUUGUCCGUGCCCCAUGUUGGUCAGUCUCCUCCAACCAGGGGACCUGGCCAUAGGCAGGUGGAACGAGGCAAACAGACUCCCCUGAGCAACGAGAUCCGCAAACUGCAGAAUGAGCUGGAAGUGUAUAUUCAGAAAGUGGAGGAGCUAGCUAACAGAGGAGAGAAAAUAACGGAGCCAUUGGAACCUGAGGAGCAAAGCAAGUUGGAAAUACGCAGACAGAAGCAGGCGGCCCGCUCGGCACGACUUCUUUAUGUUCUCCAACAACAGGUAAAAGAGAUUCAAGAAGACAUUGAACGACUACGAAGAGAGAAAACGUGGGAAACCAAAAAGUCAGUUGCUAUUAACAGGCUUGCGGCUGCCCACCGAGGAGCUCUCAGGGCCUUACAGGGGAUCAUCCACCAGCUCUCAGAUCUGUCUCAGAGCAAAGUGCCCCCUCAUUACAAAGAACUGGGACAGCUGAUCCGUCAGCUCUCUUUGUGCUCAGCUAAGGUCGAAGUGUACCGAGGAUCAGCCGUGCCUGAGACAGCCCUUGACAUCUUGCAGAAAUUAGAGACUUUGGAAUCUGCUCUUAGUAAACAAGAGACGUUUGAAAAGAUGCAGGCCCAAGCACGCCCUCCACGCAGGAAGUCUCCUCAUCACAGCACGUCUCCUGAUGCUGGACCCAAGGGUCCCAGCACGUUGAGUCCUCACAAAACCAGGAAACCCAAAAGAGCUGUCACUGGAAGUAGAACAGCUUCACACAAGCCCAGAACUACCUCUCAUCAGCCCAGCCGGAGGGAGGUGCUGAGGGCUGGUCUGCAGAGCCUCGCCCAGCAGAGGGAGCUGAGGGAGCAGCAGGAGCAGGCUCAGACAAACAGCACCUACAGAACAGGACGGCAAGCUCAGAGAAGAAAGCCCGAUGGAACAAAGCUUAAUCAGCAGCAAGAUGCAGGCUUCCAGCAGCCCACAGUUUCCUCCCGGCUCAGAGUGACCCAGCCUCUUCAAAAAGAGCACUCUGUGCCCUGGAUCCCAACGUCCCCUCACUCUCCUCCUCCACAACAUAGGUCUCCACAGAGGGCAAGAGCCGAGCCGCGCUGUCUCUUCCCUCAAGCAAAGCCCUCGCCGAGCCCCCCAAGGCAGCAGGUUGGAGGUGGACUGGAAGCGGAGCUGAUGUUAAGCCCAGCCAAGAAGAAGGAAGCUCAGAAAGAAGCAUUACAGUCUGAGGUGUCGCCCCAGUUGGAUGAAGCACAGGUUGGUGAGCCCAGUAGGAGGAUCAGCCCCUCGCUGAAGAAUCGGCUGUCUGAACAGUUUGCAGAGAGAGCAGCAGAGAGCGCAGAGCGACUGAGCGAGGCGCUGCUGGAGGAUCUGCUGGAGGACACCGCUCAGGUUGUGUGGGCGGCUGCAGAAGACAGACAGGUGGAGGACAUGGCUCAGUGGAGGCUCCAGGCUCCCACCCUAGAGAGCAUGCUGCUUCGUAUGGAGGAGAUGCAAAAGGAUGAAGAUGAAGUGAGAAGGAGGUUUACUUCCAUCGCCUAUUCAGACCCUCUUUUCUGGGAUCGCCCCCGGGCAACAGGUUCCCAGUGCCAUGCUCCGGGCUCCAAGCCAGCCUCUCCCCAACCAAUUAGGCUGACAAAGCCGGUGCUGAAACAGCCUUCUGCGGCGCAUAUCGUCCUAGAAAAACCUACAGACACUGGUUACCUGAUUCUGAACAGCCCGAAACAGGAGGCGUCCGAGGAAGAGCAGCCACCCACCAGAGUCCGUGUGUCGGGCAGAGGCACGGCCGUGUCGGUGCCGGCCAGCACGCUGAGAAACAUCCGCCGCUACCGGGGAGAGCACGACGCCUACCUGCGCGCCACGGCUCACGAGGCCAUCGGCAACUUUAACCCGCAGGCCAUCACAGACAGCCUGGCGGAGGAGCUGCUGGCGGAGGUGCUGGCGGAUGUGUCGGCAGAGUUUCAGGGCGUGGUGGAGGAGUACGCUGAGGCUGUCUUCACCUCAGAGUUCCUCCAGCCCAUCCGGUCUCCCCCCCCCUCGGCUCUGGUCAGCCACUCGGAGGCUCCAGCUCGUUUAUUUCAGUGAUGCCUUGAAAACACAAACUAUCUCGUCUGUUUAUCAUGUUGAAAAAUUUGGAGGUUAAAAAUGUUUUUUUCAUCAAUUUUUUAUUAAUAAUUUUUCAUCAGAGAUUGUAUUUAUUUUAUUUUAAAUUAGAUUUUUAUUAUUCUUCUCUGAGAAGGCAGCAUAUGACUUUAUUUCCAUUACCUCCACGUGUUUUUAAAGACACUGCAGUGCAUGAGAUUGUUGAAAUUGCACAGGGCAGGUCGGUCUCAUCACUUUUUAUGGUCCAUUUGUAUCUGUGAUUGAAUUCCUUUGGGAAAGUUAGUUUAGGGGAGAUAAGCUAUGAGAGACCAUUACAACUUUACAGAGGAUUAAAAGAUUAUAGCCCUCCCUUUGCACUUGGUAUGAAUCUCCCUGAGGAUUAUUCACACUUUCUAUUUUCACUUUGGAACAUAGAAAUAAAUGAAUUGCUUAUGGCAUCCAUCUGAAAGUGUAGAAAGCCAAGGGCAUCAUAUGUUUAAGCUGCUGGAACUUGAUUUCCUCCUUUUGCUUUAACAUCUAAAUAAAGGAUCUCAGUACCGCACCAUUAGUUUGUGAUAUAUGUGAGCCUUUAAAGUGGAUUAGUAUCCGUUUUUAAGGACAUUCUCUGCACUUAUUUCAGUUUAUCCACAACAUCAGUCAAAAUAUGUCCACUAGUUUAUGCGCUGCCAAAUGCUGCAUCGUUAUGGGGAAAAGCGUCAGCUCCAGGCGAAUGAGUAAACAGCUUAGAAGAUGUCUGAACCCCUUCAGAGCCACAUCAAAGUCGAGCAAACAGAACAGUGGGGAGACAUGCAGAUGUUGCGCCGGCCUGUGGGG